AUGGCGAGCGGAUUUGGCAUCCAUGGAGGGCCUGGCCGAUGCUACCCCAUCUGGAUGGACUUUUCGGAGUGCAUGUCCAAAACGGAAGACCCCAAGAAGUGCGCAGACUUUAGGGACGACUACCUGGAGUGCCUCCACCACCGCAAAGAGUUCACCAAAUUGAAUAGGUUCUUUAGAGAAGAGAAGCGGCAG